UGGAGCAGAUAUAAAGUGAUUGGACCGCGGGAAGUGUGUGUUAACUUGAAUCAUUCUCGGCUUUGACAAUGGAGAGCUCCAAACUCUGGACAACAGCGAUAGCAUGCGCCGUGCUACUCUCCUUCGUCAACGGUGCUGAAAUAGACAACUUUGACAAUGAAUCUGACUUGGAAACGAGAGCUUUGAGAGAUUUUUACCCAAAGGACCCAAAUUUGACCAACGAAAAGCAGCUCCUCGGGGCUUUGCAUGAUGUUUUGGAGAAACUGCAGAGUAAACGAAUCUCACUUUGGGAAAAGAAGUUUGGGCGCGUUCCCACAUGCGACAUUGGGGAGCAAUGCGCCAUCAGGAAAGGAUCAAGAAUUGGCAAAAUGUGUGACUGUCCACGUGGAGCAUUUUGUAAUUACUUUUUGCUGAAGUGCUUGUAAACAUAACAGCCAUAAAGAUGGAACAUGAAUUGGAAAUAUAAACAUCCGGAUACAAAAGAUAUUUAUACAUUAUGUGAUUUCUAUUUUUAUGAUUAUGAAGUACAUAAGAACAGAUUAAUUUAAAAGAUUAUUCAAUUAUUUGCUGCCUGUGAAGUGUAAUUCAACCUGGAUAAAUUGUGUGUACUUUUGUUUUCUAAGGCAGUCUGUGUGUUUCCUAGUGUCAUAAAAAUCUUUGUGAUGCCAUAUAAAUUCAUUUUUUCAAUGCACAUGAAAAGUAUUCUUUUAAUUAUAAGAAACAUUAUUGCUACUGGUUGCAGGAAAAUUGCAGGACACAAGUUAUUUUAGUAAAUUAUACAUGUAAUCUGGAUUACAUAAUCAAAUUACAAAAAUGUUGUACAUGUAAAUAGAUUAAAUUCAAUUUUAAAAUACGUGUAAUCAGAUUACAUUUGCUUUGUUAGGGAUUACAUAAUAAUCAGGCCAAGGCAGUAAAUUGUACAUAACUGAUUCCUUUUUGGGUUUAUGAUGCUGAUUCACAAAUACAGCUGGUCUGAUCUGUUACCACACAUGGAAGGUUUUUGUAAUAACAAAAUUGCCAGAGUAACAACAUUUUAAGUGUCCGUUUUACUCAGAAAUGGUCAAAUAGUAGGUAAAACACACCAAAAAAUCAUAUCAAUUAACAUAUUUUAGCGUUUUCUUUAAUGCACUUAAGCAACAUUAUCAAUGGUACAGGCUUAUCCUACUCAAAUAAAUGUGACAUCAAAUAAACAAGAGUUAGGUCAGAAGUAAUCCGAAAGCAAUCAGAUUAGAUUACCUUAAAAAUGUAAUCCAAUAGAUUACAUUUCUGACUACAAUUUUUGUCAUGUAAUUUGUAAUCAGUACCAGAUUACAAUUCAGGAGUACCCAUCUAUCUACCUAGACAUUUACACUAUAAUGAACUUAAAGAAUUUCUAAGAUAUUAAGGGCAAUAUAUUAUGUUAUAACCUGGGUCAGCUUUUGUCACCUUGAAGCUUAAAUGUGUUUAUGUAAACUAUUAUUUAUAAAUGUAAGACAUUAAAACUUCAAGUCUUGAUUCA